GGGUAUCGAGGCGUCGGGUCAAGCAUCUCGGGUUUUCCCAAAUUUUGCCAUAAAGCCCUGUAAAGUCCUGCCAUUACCAAUAACAUUUGGCAAUUCUAGUAACUCCAAAGCAGCAGUGAGUGAGAAAAUGUCGGGCAGAGGAAAGAGAAAGGAAGAAGAAGGCGCGUCGGAUGAUAAUUCUGAUGGCCACGCGCCUCCCAAGAAAGCCUCCAAGACCACUACUGAUGACUCGGACGACAUCGUCGUUUGCGAGAUAUCAAAGAAUAGGAGAGUGACAGUGAGAAACUGGCAAGGAAAAGUCUGGAUCGACAUUCGCGAGUUCUAUCUCAAAGAUGGCAAGCAACUUCCUGGAAAAAAGGGUAUAUCACUAAGCCUAGAUCAGUGGAACGUACUUCGGAAUCACGUGGACAAAAUUGACAAGGCACUUGCUGAUUCAUAGGAGCAUUAGUGGGCAUGUGUUGAAGUGUAGUUUGCAGGGAGUUAGGAUCUUUGUUUUGUCAUUUGUUGUAAGAAAGUGCAAUAUAGUAGGCAGGUGUUCUUUUUGUUAGCAGCUUAAGAUUGGGAACUGCAUUUUGCGUAGGCUAAUUCAUAUGUAGGAUGUUAGGAUCCAUUGUCAAAAGUAUUGGCCUUUCCUUUUGUUUUUUUCUUUUGUUAAUAUUUAGUUGUUUGAAGGGUCUGGUUAUGCUAAAUAUCAAAUGUUCUACUCCCUA